CACAAUCAGAGUGGCACUCUGAAGACUCGUGAAGAGCUGUCAUGACUUUGACUUUGGUGUUUUGUGAACGUACUUUUGGUUUCUUUGUGUACAUUACGCGGAUUAAGAUUGCUUAAAUGCGAUACUUUAUCAAUUCGAGACGUUUUAUAAACGCGGCACUGAAGAUCUACAAGUCUCAAUGGAGCGUCUUUAGCGACUCUUAAAGCUUUUCUGUUUGGGAGUUUUCUUUAUUUACGUUUCUACUGGCAGGAAUAAAUGAUCACCUCAACUAGACGAGUCUCUGCAGAUAAACCUGAAGUACAAAUCGCUUUCAGCCUCGACGAAUCCUCAGAGUUGAAAGAUGCAGAGGAUCCCCUUCCAGCUUUCCUUGACCUUGAGCAACGUCUGCAGCCGGUGCCUCCAUGUCGGUCUCUAAAGGAGUCUGUAGAAUUGUACAAAGACCACUGCAAGAUGGCCAAUGAGUUCAACCAAGUCAAACAUGAAAUCGCCAGGCUAGAAGACAGAAAGAAAGAACUCAUUGCAGAGAUAUUAGAAGAUGAAAAGGUGGCGAUGGAGGGCGCACAGCUGGAGGAGGAAUACAGGAUACUUGCGGAGGAAAACCGGAAUCUGAUCUCGGCUCACAGCGAACACGCCCAGCAGCUUGAAAAUCUCCGGGUGAUCAGUCAAAAGAGACAGGGCUCCUCGUGACCUUUGACAUCAGUAUUCUGAAUCCCUACUCUCCUCCUACUUAUAACAUCUCAGUGAUUUUUCAGUAGUUAUAUUAUGAUGUACUGAAUUGAAACACUGCUCUUGAAUCAGCAUUCUUAGACUGAACACUUAAUGUAUAUGCAAUAUAUGUUAAGCUAAUAUGGGUCCUUGAGGGCCUUUUUUUUUUUUUUUUAGCUCAGACUUCAUGUUAUUUUUAGUUGUUGACCUAAGAGAUCACCAAUAUUUGUCUGACACAGUAUUCUGAAAAGGCUACAGUACACUAUAUAGCACUUUUUCCUUUGGAAGGGCGUGUGUGAGGACUUAUGUGUUUCUCUGCCUACUGAACAUUUGAAAUGGUGUCAGUUUUACAUUCAAAUCACUUUGCUGACAAAGAGUAAAUUGACUCUUACAAAAAGAUUUUACUUUUGUCUCUCUGUUGCAUAAACAAGGAAUUAAUGAAUUACAUUUCCGUACAGCUAUUCAAGUUCAAGGCAGGUGGCAAUAGAUGUAUGACUACAUUCCAUUGUUUAGUCACUCAGUAAUAGGGAACUUGCAUUUCGAAAUGUGGUCUGCUCAUUUUAGGAUUGUGAAACCCUUCAAAAAUAUAAAUGGCUGUCAUCCCCAUCCCACACACAGCUGAAAUACCAGUACAUUUGUAGUUCCUAAUGUAUGUUCUCCAUUCAGUUUAAUAGCAGGUAAAUUUGCGUUCUUCAGAAAGGGGUUUAGUUUGUUCAAGCUUAGUUUCCCUUUUCAUAUACAUUUAGGCAUUUGGCAAACUUAUACAAAUAGGCUACAAAGUGAUAUUAAACAGUGAAUUUGGGGUUUGCAUAUAAUCCGUCCAUAUACCAAGGAAUCGAACCCAUGACCUUUGCCUUGCAAGCGUUGGCUUUACCAUUCUCUACCAAUUAAGCAG